CCCGUUGGGGUUCCCUUGGGCCUUGAAUAAGUCUCAAACCAUGUAGUUAGAUGGCGCAUGCACGGGACUUGGCUGCGAGGGUGGGAUGGCUAGCAUCAGCAUCCUCGUUGCAGCUCGUUGCGGCUGGGUGUCAGCCUGCUUCGGGCUGGAUAUCCUCGUUGCUGGGCAAUGAUGCCUGCCACGGCUCACUAUGGCCUGAUGCCGGCGACCCUGUGCAGCCCCUUUGUGGAGUGGCCAGGGCAGUGCCCGCACCGGCACUGGCACCAACCACGCAACCACUGGCCGCAGUCACCCCUCAACUCCCACAGCAGCAGCAGUCUGCAUACAGCGUGCUGCAAGCUGGCGGCGGCAUUGCCAGGGGCCAGUCGCCUGCGGCGGCGAUACCGCUGCCACUGCCGUUGGGGGUGUGGGCGCGUGCCGCUGCGGGCCGCCGCACGCGUCCCUGCGGGGUGCUGCCGGGGCGCUACUGCGAACACCCCUCAUGCGGGGGCGUUUCUCACUGGGUGCUGCGGCGGUACUGCAGCAGCGCCAGCAGUAGCAGUAGUAGCAGCAGUCGUAGCAGCAGCAGACACGGCAGUGAUGGUGGCGUUAGCACUGGUGUCGCAAGUGACCAGCAAUCAAGGCCGGCGGCUGACAGCCGAAGAGUCAAGCGCGUGAAGGGCCUGAAUGCGGCAGCUGAGGACGGGGUUGGGGAUGAGGCUGCCGCAACCGGCGCCAGGCCAGCAGGAGGCGGUGGUCGUGGCGGCGGCGGUGGCGGCGGUGGCGGCGGUGGUGGUGCUACUGCUGCUACAGCAGCCCCUCGGACCUCAGCUGCCCCACCGCCGCUGGACCCCCGGCGUGUGAUGGCCGGCAUAACGGCGGCGGACAGUGUGGAGGCCCUGCACCGGCUGUCCCGCCGCCCCGCCGCCGCCGCCGCCCUGGCCUGCAACCCCCUGCUGCUGGUGGCGGCACUCAGCAAACUGGCCCGACUGGCCGCCGCACCGCCGCAGCAGCGCCAACAGGCGGGGCACGACGCGGGGGCACAGCCCCCAGCCCCGGUUGAGGCGGCCAAGCUGGAGGUCGGCACAGCAACAGGAGCAGCAACAGCAGCAACAGCAGCGGCGUCUUCGCCUGCGGCAACCAGCAGUAGCACCAGGAGCAGCAGCAGUAGCACAUCGGCCGGCGGGGCCGCUGCGCCGCCGGCAGUGUCGUUGCUCAGCAGGCUGCUACCGCUGGCGGCGGCUGCGGCGCCCGCCAUGCGGCCCAGUGAACUGGGCUCGUUGGCUUGGUCACUAGGCAAGAUGCGGCCGCUGUGGUCAGGCAGCAACAUCAGUGGCAGCGGCACCUCCGCUGAGGGUUCGGGUUCGGGUGAGGGUUCAGCAGCAGCGCAGUCAGGCGAGCAGCUGGCGGCCAGGUCGGCGGCUGCGGCGGAAGCGGCGGAAGCGGCGGCGGCGGCGGCGGCCGGGGGCAGGGCAGCGCUGCACGCCGUCGUGACGCGCCUGGCGACAGACUGGCGCCAAUCCCCGUCUUUCAUGUCCUCCGCCGCCCCCCACACCGCCUCCGCAUACGAUACCUCUUCCUCUUCCGCCUCUUAUAACGGGCCAGUCCAGCAGCAGCACCCACAGCACAAACAGCACAAACAGCAGCAGCAGCAGCAGGCCGGGGAGCCGCAGGCGCACCCUCCACCGCCACCGCACCAGGCGUUGUGGCACCGGGCCAGCACCCAGGACGUCGCCAACCUGGCCUGGGGCCUGGCGCGUGCCGGCGGCUACGGCGGCGGCGCCGCGCGCGACAGUAACACCAACACCGGCAGUAGCAGUAGCAUUAGCGCUGGCGUUGUCGGCGGCGCAGUGGCACCGGUGCUGCCGGGCGCGGCACCGGCACUGUUGGUCGUGGGUGUGGGUACGGAGGCGGCCUGGCAGUGGCUGGCGGCGGCGGCGCCGGAUGUGCUGUGGUCGGGUCAGGCGCGGGAGGUCGCAAACCUGGCGUGGGCGUUUGCGGCGGUGGGCAGGCCCGACGUGCAAGUGUUUGGCAAUCUAGUCACGGCGUUGCUGCACCCCCGGCGCGGCCGCGAGGUGGUGGCGGCCUUACGCGAGGAGGAGGCCACCGCCCUGCUGUGGUCGCUGGCGUCCAGCCUGGGCGGCGGCAGUAGCAGCGGCGGCGGCAGUAGCAGCAACGGCGGCGGCAGUAGCAGGGCCGGUGUGGGCGGUGUGGAUGUGGGCUCGCUGCGGCGGGCGGUGGAGGUGCUGGCGGGCCGGGCGGCGGAGCUGGCGGGUGCUGGCGGCAAGCUGACGGGUCGACAAACCAGCAGCAUGCUCUGGUCAUUAGUGACCCUACAGGGCGUCACAACGCCGGCGGUUGGCCAGCCAGUCGCGCUGGAGCCGCACCAACAACACCAACACCAACACCAGCAUCAGGAUCCGGAUCUGGAUCCAGAGGACUCUGGCGGCUGGGGCGCGGCGCUGGGUGUGUUGGCCCGCCGCGCCGCCGCCACCGCCCGCCACAUGGACGGGCAGGCGCUGGGCAACACAGCCUGGGCGCUGGGCACGGCCCGCAUACGCAGCUCGGCGGCAAUGGAUGCGAUGUGCAGUGCCGCCCUGGCAGCGCUGAGGCGGAGCGGCGGCGGCGGCGGCGGCGGCGGCGUGUCGGGGCCAGCGCGUGCGGGGGCCGGCGGCGAGCUCGGCGCCGGGAAAUUGGGCGGGCUGUCAACACGUGACUUGAUUGAGGUGCUUUGGGCGUGCGGGCGGCUGCGGUACCGCGAUGAUGACCUCGUGGAGCAGGCGCAGGCGCGGCUGCUGCCGCUGGUGCCGGCUCUCGAGGCCCGGCCGCUGGUGACGCUGGCGGCGGCUCUGGCCGGACAGGAGGCCUACGACCAGCGCCUAUUCAACGCGGUGUGCGCCGCCGCACAGCGCCUGCUGCAGCGGGGUGAGCUACAGCCGCCGCAGGUGGCGGCGCUGGUGGCGGCGCUGGGUAGGCUGCAGCACUACGACUCGGGACUGCUGGACGCCGCCGCGGAUGCGCUGCUACAGCCAGUGUCGGCGGCGGCGGCGGCGGCGCAGGGGCAGCAGCAGGGGCGGCUGCGGCUGGCGCAGCUUGCCCCGCGCGAGGUGUGUGCGCUGGUGACGGCUCUGGGGCGGCUGGAGCACCGGCACUCCCGGCUGCUGGCGGCGGUGGAGGGCCAGGUGGUGGGCGACACACGCGGCUACAGCCCACGUGACCUGGUGGGGCUGCUGUACGGCCUGGCGGAGACCGGCGUCACGGCCGAGCGGCUGUGUGCGCGCGCCGCGGCGCUGCUGGCGGCGCCGCCGGGCCGGGCGCUGGCGGCCCUGGACGGCGACGGGCUGGCGGCGCUGUCGGAGGCGUUUGCGGUCAUGCAGCAGCCCGAUGACGAGUUGUUCCAGGCAUUGGCGGCGGAGGUGCUGCGGCGUGUGCGGCGACUGACACGUCAGCAGGUGGAGCGCCUGGCGCUGGCCUUCAGGUCGCUGGGGUAUGAGGACGCGCAGGAGCUAGUGGCGGCGUGGCGGCGCGCGCGGGCGGAGGCGGACGAGUUGGACGAGGGGCGGGAAGAGCGGGAGGAGCCGGGGAAGGAGGGGCAGGACGAUGGAGCGGUGGGGCGCGAGGAGGGCGGUGGUGCCGGGUACCGGCGGCGGCAGUCCUCGCCAGGGAGGCUGUAGCAGGCAGACGCCGUAAAAGGACUUGGUGUUGAGCCGGGCUUUCCGCAGGGUAUGUGCGCCAACAGGCCUUCCUCCCAGAGAGGCUGUCGGACUAAGUGAGGCAGAUGGUGCGGAUGCAUGAGGUGGCGGGUGCGGGGUCCUGAACUCAUGACGUGAGGAACAAGUGCAAUGAUGCAAAGCUGGAGCUCUGGCUGGAAAGCCUGGGCGUUACAGCGGGUCGUCCUGCAAUGUGCUUGCCUUGCAAGGCCCCAGUCCAGAGCCCUCGCAUCAAGUGUGACGCCCGCCGG